AUAGCGUACUUUGGAAUAAUUUUAAAUAUUUGCACAGAAUUGAGUUUUGACGUAAUGUUAAUCAAAAAUAUAAAUAAUGAUACAAUUGGCAUGCUGUUAAAUGGAAUGUGCCCAUUCUUUGUGCAAAGAAUAACGACGCGUGAUGCGCAACUUUGUAAAUAAAUUUAGACUGAAAGAUGAACGUUCGGAAAUUUGUUUUAAUAUAACUUAAUAAGUAAAAGUUCGGAUCGAAUUAUUGAAGCAAAUUUUAUGUCAAUUCAUUGUUUGUUCUCGGCGUAUGGAUUCUUGGUGAACUAACAAACUACCGAACGAUAUAAAAGAUUUACCAACGGACUUAUUGUAUUAUUUGUGACCAUAGUAUAUACAAAAGGAAAAGAGACCGACAUGAGCAGAAAGUUUUCCGACAGUGAAAUCAGAGCAUAUUCCAAGAACAGGUAUGAGGAGAAGCUUCUUCGACAACGUCUUGAUAAACUUAAAGAAAGCGCCGGUGUUUUUCACGACGCCACUGCUAAACAGCGUCAGGAUCUAGUAGCCGAAUGUAAAGAUAUUCGAAUGACAACAGGAGGGAGCGAAACUCCUGAUGGAUUUGUUCUGGACACAACCUUUGACAUUUCUAAGCGUGUCACGCGCCCAUGGGCAUACAGUGCUAUGGAAACCACAUAUAACGCAGCCUACCUUGACGCUGUUAUUCCUCUACCGAAGCAACGACCAAAGUCCAGUACAUCACGUGGAGUUUUAAGCCGGUCAUCGAUGUCUUCAAAUAGGAUAAUGUCGUCAAAAAGUUAUUCCCCAUCAUUGAAAUCAGCACGAACUAGUCGAUCUGAAAAUGUUUUGCAUAAACUUCCACCACAUAAUAUAAACAGAAGUGUAUCUAAUCCGGAAAUUCAUAAUUUUCAAUCCACAGGUAAUAGGAUUGCUAUAAGAAUAAAUGGUAAUGAAAACGACAGUCGGACGGAAGAUACAAAUAUAGUCACUCAUGAUUCAGCAUCAAAAACUAAGAGUGAUACAUAUAGUGGCAAAAAUAUUAAAGAUGAAAUAGACAUUGUUGUUAACGUUGAUACAGUAACUGAUAACGAAAAUGUUCUCGAAAAUGAAAUAGAUAAAGGAGAUUUAAUAACAUACAAACCAUUAGAAGAACGGACAGUUGACACUAGAGUCAUAACGUUACCUCCAAUGUAUAAAAUUGAUUCAAAAGCAUACCAAGAUGCGGAGCGGGAAAGAGCUAUAAAUAGGUCAAGGUCGCGUGUAAGCUUCUCGAAUUUUGUUGGCGUGCACGAGACACAAGACGAUUACAGACCUAAAUCCAAAUCAUCCGAUACAAAACGUUCUACAUCAGAAACAAAACAUGCUGAGCAAGAAAGACAUGAGAAAAUUAAUUCGGAAAAAGAGAAUAAAUCAAACGAAGAAUCUGCUGAAGAGAAUUACAAAAGCGAUAAAACCACAAAAACUGUUCAUACCAUUGAUCCAGACACAAUAGUUGAUGCGCAUGACAGAAAAUCGGAGGAAGUGCUUUAUCGCGGAAGGCGGUUACGGAAUUACAUCAAACCAGAAGAAAGAUACAAGCUAGAUCCGCUUGUAAUGAAAAGACGCCAGAAUAAAAUGGACAAGCUUGCUAAAGAAAGUGUAUCUUUUCUGAAACGGGUUAACCAUGAAAAUAUACGAGUUGAAAUAGCGUUUCCUCGGUCGGCGCGAAAGCGAAUUCUAACCAAACUUGUACACGAAAAUAAUUCUGGACAGAAUAAGACUGUCACAGACAACAAUGAGCCUAUCAUUCAAAAGAAAAUUGAAUAUUUUAUGAAUUCAAUGUCGGAAUAUAUUCACCAGCAACAGUUAGAAAAGGAACAAUAUUUUCAAUAAGGAGGGGGUUUGAAAAAACAAAUUUCAGAAUUCCUUGCACGGUAUAAUUAUUUCUCCAGAAGCCAUGAACAUAUUUAACUGAUAUCGGUAAAAUAUCACCGGCGUUUAACUUACCGUAUGACUUUAGCAACAUAAACAUUGUGGUAAAAUUAAUAAUUCUUUUUUGUUGAUCCGUGGAUGAUAAUAAAGAAUGGUUAACGAUA